UCGCCUUGUGACAACAGGAAGUGAUGAACAGAACAGUGAGAAAGAAGAUGCUGCAGUUUUGACAUUUUAUCACACAUUUCCUACAAACAUCGGGCUACAAUGGCUUCAUUUAUUAAAGAAACACGAAGCAUAAAAGAAGCUGUAACUUUCAUUAACACGAUUGAUGUGAACAAGUUCUCCAGGUUGAUCUCCCGCAUCAUACAAAAGCUUCAUCUGAAGGGAGAGCGGACAUUCAGUGAAGAAGAGGAACAAAAACUUGAAGCUGCUCUGUCAUUGGAUAAACAGGCUCUGAGCCUCGUUCUGGAGACAACUGCCUUUAUUCUAGAACAGGCCGUGUACCACAAUGUGAAGCCGGCUUCCCUGCAGCAGCAGCUGGAGUCUGUUCAUCUAAACCCAGACAAGGCUGAGGUGUUUUCUCAAACCUGGGCUGCUGCAGGCCCUGAGCUGGUCGAAAGGCUAAAGCACAACAUCUUUGCCCCAAAGAAGCUGGAUUACGUUGGUUGGCAGUUGAACCUGCAGAUGGCCCAGUCCAGCCAAGCCAGACUGAAGUCUCCGAGUGCCGUCCUCCAACUGGGCCUCCGCAAUGAAGACUCUGAGGCUCAGGAACAUGUCUUUGUGGAGUUCAACCACCAGGAGCUACUGGAGCUCUACAACAAGCUCGAAAUUGUGCAAGGCCAGUUGGAUUCCCUGACUUGAUGCCUGGUGCUCUUUGCACAGCCACAGCACACACACACACACACACACACACACACACACACACACACACACACACACACACACACACACUGUUCUGUUAGCAUAUUGCUGGCAGCUAUGCCAGCUGUGAGAGUCCUAGCAAUGUCAUUCUUACUCUGAUUUAUUAGAGAGAAAUGUUAAAAUCUGAAUACAGAAUAUCCUUGUUUGUGCAUUGUUUUCAUUGAGGAAAUGGUGGUCUAAAUGCGAAUGUUUUUGAGGUUUACAGUAAUGCCUUUUAAACAUGAAUUGUACUUUUUCUGUAAUCACAUUUUGUAUUCUUUUUUCAAGAAGACGUCAUAAAUGUAAUAAUUAGCAUUAUAAGUACUGGUCCUGUAGCUCCAGUAGAAUAGUAUUUGUAUCCUGUGGCUAAAUCAAAGUAAAAUAAAAUGCUAAAACAUCUUCAAUUGAAACCAGUCAAUCUGGUAAACUGCAGAAUGAUGUAGUGUCCGUGCAACCUCAAUAAAAUCUGAAGUGGAGGUGAAAUCCGACCAAUCUGUU